AUGGCCGAAAAUGAAGUAACAAAUUAUCGCGUAUAUCGUAUACGAUGGAUUCAAUUGUUGAUCUAUGUUUUGCCGAUUCUUGCAAAUGCUACACAUAGUAUGACAUUUGUUCCGAUUGAAUCACAAACAUCAAUAUUUUUUGGUAUAACAAUAACACAAGUGAAUGCUUUAGCUAUUGUAUUUCAAUUUCUUUAUGCCAUUAAUAUAAUAUUAUCAAUAUGGGUAUAUAGAUUUUUAUCAAUGCGUGUGGAAAUGAUAGUAGGAAGUAUUUUAAAUUUAGGUGUUUUCAUUCGUCUUCUAUCAUUGAUUUCUCCAACAAGUGGAUAUCCAGCUUUGAUUAUUGGUCUAAUAUUACCAGCAAUUGCACAAUCAGUCUUUUUGAAUAUAACAGCAUUAUUUGCUGCUCAGUAG